AAAUUAAUCUACAAGGCAAUAUUUAAUGACGCAUUUAUUAUCUACAAUUGAAUAACGAUUAGAUAUAUUGUUUAGAUAUAAUUUAUGGCUCGUUCGUGCAUAUCCAGUACAGCACUUGAAACCCUGUGGUGUUGGCAUUUUAAUACACAUAAGAAAUAAAUAGUGUUUCACGUGUGGCGUGAGCACCAGCAGACGAAGUGACGUCCACCUGGAGCGGUGGGUGUGUGCACCGUGUGCCUGUCAAUGCGGAGUGGAUAUGCGGCAAGCGGCGUGACGCGGCCUGCGCACGCAGCCUCGGCCCGUAGCUGCCAAUAACCCGCUAGAAGCCGUAGAGCGCGCGCCACUCGCUCCUGAACAAAAUAUCGACGCGUAAACCUACUACCACCCUAAUAACUCGUUCCGAAAACUGUGCCAUAGUUUUACAGUGCAACCGUUCACAAUAAAUCGCUGGAUUGUAUGAAAUUAUCGCUCUUCAUGAAAACAGUCGAUCAGUGCACCGCGUUAUCAGUUUAUCAGUGAACUGUUAAACACGAUUUUUCACAUGUCACAAGCAGUCGGAAUACGAUAGUGAGGGGCAGAGAUGCAGGCGGUGACGUGUAGCAGGGUGCUGGCUAGUGCGGCCAGGGUGGGAUAGCGAGCGGGCGACACUGCCACCGCGCGCACUCCGGCAUGUGGGUGCGAGCGGCGCGCGCGAUCCGGGCGCUGCGCAGGGCCGCGCUGCUGCUGCCGCUGGCACUGACGGCGCUGGUGCUGAUGCUGCUGCCGCGCCCGCCGUCCCUCGACCCUGCGCCGCGCAGCCCCUCCCCACCCGUACCUCCGCCUGCCCUCGAUCUCAACGUUGAGAACUCGAUUACGGAGUCGGAAUCCGCAGCAGUUCAAGAUGACGGGACGGUUCAGCUGCCCUGGUUCAUGCACGGAGGAGAGAGACGGCCCACGCAGCACGAACCUAACACUGCAUUGUUCCCUGAAGAUGCACCUGGACAAGACAGAGUGGUAAACCAAUUAAUGUAUACGCUUCCAAAAGACGAAGAUGUGCCUAUAAAGAAAAUCCUGCUUGCGAACGGGUUUGGAGCGUGGGGUGUGUCCGGUGGUAGAACUGAGUUCAUUCGGAACAAGUGCCCAGUGGACCGCUGCACGCUCUCCUCGGACGCACGAGAUGCCGCCACUGCCGACGCCAUUCUCUACAAAGACCACCACACACCUUUCAACGUAAAACGUUCACCUAAACAGAUCUGGAUCCUGUACUACUUGGAGUGUCCUUACCACACGGCAUCAUUACGGCCGUCGUCGGUGGAUGUGUUCAACUGGACGUCCACCUACCGACGGGACUCCGACAUCGUAGCACCCUACGAGCACUGGGUCUACUACGAUCCCCUCAUCAUCGAAAAAGAUCUCGACAGGAACUUUGCUGCCAACAAAACUAAAAAGGUAGCGUGGUUCGUAUCGAACUGUCACGCUCGCAACCGGCGGCUACAGUACGCGCGUCAGCUCAGCAAGUACAUCCAGGUGGACAUCUACGGGGCUUGUGGAGCACACCACUGCCCUCGCACCGACCCCAACUGCCUCGAAAUGUUGGAUAAGGACUACAAGUUCUACCUCGCAUUCGAGAACUCAAACUGCCGUGAUUACGUCACUGAGAAAUUCUUUGUCAAUGGGCUGCAACACAAUGUACUGCCUAUUGUAAUGGGUGCUCGCGCAUCUGAGUAUGCAGCCUUAGCGCCCCACAACUCAUACGUCCACGUGGAAGAGUUCGCUAGCCCUGAAGAACUCGCCGCCUAUUUGAGGCGUCUUGACGAGGAUGACAAUUUAUACAAUUCCUAUUUCAAGUGGAAGGGUACGGGAGAGUUCAUAAACACGUACUUCUUCUGCCGCGUAUGCGCCAUGGUGCAUGCGAACGAGCGGCGGCAGCGCAGCGCGCACUACUCGGACGUGCAGGCGUGGUGGCGCGACGGUGCCUGCACCCGCGCGGAGUGGCGCGCCGCCGGCGCCGCGCAGCGCGAGACGCGCGACAACGGCUAGCGACGCGCGCACCGCGCCCGCCACCGCACCGCUCGUACGUCACUGCUGCGAGCCCGCCCCGACCGCGGCCGGGCUAACAACACAGUCGCUGAGCCCGGGCGUUACCGACGCAUCAUCUAAACUUGUACCCAUCGUGUUACGAGUCGAGCCGACAUUUGUAAUCGCGUCCAUAUAGCAUAGCAUACAAUAUGGUAGUAGUGGUUCUCUUAUAAGUCUUAGAUUGCCGGUGUUCGGUGUUCGAAUUUUCCCCCAAGAUAUUUUUGUAACAUGAACUAGUGAGGCGUGUAGUGACGCGAAUGAAAUUAGUAAAUUAAUGAAUAAUAAAUAAAUUCAACGUUAUUGGCGCCCAACAUGGUUCUAGCGUCCUGAGAGUCCUUGUGAACGAGACCUGUCUCUACUGAUGACUUGAUGAGAAUCAUAGUAGAAUCGCUUUUGCAUUUAGUUAAACAAUAGCACAAAUCAUGUGUAUCAAUAUUUUUGAGUGUAUAAACAUUCCAUUGUAGUUUUAAUUUAUUUACCUAUUGUUAAAUGUUUUUAUUGACUUAAUAACGAAUUUUAUUAGAUUUAAGACAUGUUUUUAUAUAAUAUCAUACCAGUUUUGUGAUUGUUUAUGUAAAUUAUUUGAAUUUUGUAAAUAUUUUUGAAUUAUUACUUAUGUAGAUACUACAAAAGCGACUUUAAUAUUUCCAGUUUAUUUUUAAUCGAACCUAAAGCCGACGUCUCGUCAUACUGAUAGCGAUCAGAUCAAAGCUGUUAAGAUACUUUUAUUUUAAUAUGUUAAUUAUGAGAUUUAUGAAGUUAUUUAAACACAGUAUUUGGGCUAGACUUAAAACAUUUUCUUAUUGAUGUAAUGGUGGUACCUUUGUACCAUAGAUGCCACAGACGCAGUAUUAUGUCCUAAUGACUUACAAGACAGCUCAAUUAUAAAGUCUAGUCAUGAUGCCAUUGUUUAAGCACAAAUACCAAAAAUUAACUUAAUAAUCAAUUUCUUCGCACAAUUACUGCACAAAAAUGAAAAAUGCAACAAUUAAUAUUUUAUUAAUAGCUUUUAUAUUUUAUAAUGAUCAUUUUUGCACUUCUCAAAGAAGUUUUAAAAUAUUGUCUCUUUGCAAUUGUAGUUAAAAGUUACAAUUUGUUUUCACAUUAUAAAGUUGCUAAUUGAAUUGUGUACAUUGCUAUUGUUGUGUUGUGUUAUGUUAAAAUGUUAUCUUCAAUAUUUUAGAUAAGAGACCUCUAGGAAUGAGAUUGCUGCAAAUGAAUUAGUAUUUCAUGAAGUAAAUAAAAUUCUGCAGUACAUUUUUAAGAGAUGGUGGUAUGAAGACUUAAAAUGGAACUGGCUGUUAAACAGAGACUGAAAAUCUUUAAUGAUUUAUGUUAUAUUUUAUGUUUGGGGAAAUCGGUAAAUAGGUGAAAUAAGUUCCUUGCCAUAAACAAUAAGUGCAUCUGCAAUAACUAAUUACAGAAUAUUUAAAACCCAGAUAUAGGGAGACUACAAACUCUUAAUAUGGCUAGUUUUGUCCUAAUGAAAUUAAAUGUAUUUAAAAUAUCUGAAUGUUAAAUGUAAAGAUCUCAAAUUAAACUCUAAUCCCAAUCAUACAUACACCCAGUUUAACAAAAAUAAGAAUAAUAUUGUUAUGAAUUGAUAUCUCCUUGUGAAAGUUGCAUAAGAUUGUUUCAGAUAAAUAAAAUAUAUUUGCUGGGAUCACAUUAGUUGUAUUCUCCAGGUAAAGUUAAACAUUCCAUUUCUGUUAUUUGUGUACAUUAUCUAGUUAAAUAUUAUAUUGACAUGAAUGCUGUUAGAAAAAUCUGUUUAGUAGAACAUAUUAUAAAUAAUAUCUAAAAACAAAGUAUGUCACACCAAAAAAUAUUUAAGUAAUGUUAUAAAUAAAUAAUUCAUCAGUGAUAUAUGGAAGUGCUGUUUCAUAAUAAUUCCAGUGCAUAAACAAACUGUUUCACUACAAAAGCAUUUCAAUACCAUAUGUUGUGAUUAAAUCAAUAAAUUAUAAAAAUAUGCUUAUUGCAGUACAAUUAAGCCACCAACAUGACACCUAGUGUUCAUUUCACAAAUAAAAUAAAUAACAAUUGAAUCA